GAAACACAGUGUUUGGUUGCCAAAAAUAUUGCAUUAUGUAAUAUGCUUGUGUGUUUUAUGAUCUGGUCACGGUGUAUUACUAAUAUACUAGAUUUUCUUUGUAUUAUCUAAUACAACAUAUCGAAUUCUCCCUCAUCUGCAACUACAUCAUCUCUCCUUCUAAAAACUACACUGUAGACCGGCUUCACAACUGCGCCCCCUUAGAUAUUCUUCAAAUAUGGGAGACGGUUUGUUUGGUAACCCCAUCACAAACUCAACUUUAGAAGGACUGCCUGAUUAUGUAGAUAAGAAGAAUAUAGAACGCAAAGACAGAGCUCGUGUGGCUCUCAACAUGAAGAAUGCAGAGGAAAAGAGUGUGAGAGCUGGCCAGUAUCUGCAGAACAUGAAGGAACAAUGUAAUGGUGACCUUGGGGGAACACUUUGCCUACUCUAUAAUGCUACUGGGGAUCCUAUAAGGUAUGUUACCAACAAGGAUUUCUAUGAAGGACAUGUCGGACCAACUCCAUAUCCAAUAGAGAUUGCCAAUGGACAAUGGGCUGCCUUUUUGCAUGUUCCAAAAUCGACUAAGUCUCCUUACUCUGUUGGGGCUAUUGUGUAUCGUGGAAAGGACCCAAGAGGGGUUGAUUGUGAUUGGAUGGUGUCAUGGGACAACGCUACUGAUAAAGAAACGUAUAGAACCAAGGUAUAUUCGGAGGUCCGUGAAAAAGACUACUUCUUCAGUUGCGAUUGGGAGGCAAUAUAUAAAAAAACGCAGGUUAGCGGCGUUUGUCAUGAUGGCGUUAAAGACGCAAACAACAGGCACGGAUGCUCCUUAUCUGCAUCCAUUGGUAAUAGCAGAUUCCCCCAUACUUGUUGCAGUAUUCACCCUGCAAGACGUUUGAUUUACUAUUACAGUUCAAUCAGAUAUCAAUAUCCUUAAUGUGCUAUGGUUUGGGCAUGCUAGUUUAUAUGGUUUGAAUAAUGUCAUUAUGGUGUUUAUCAUAUAACAAUAUUUGCUAUAGUAUUUUAUCAUAUUAGUGUCUUAUUUGGUAUUGUAUUUGUAUUUUAGAAGUAUUUGUACUGCUACUUUGUGAGUCCAAAAAUAAAUAAACAUAUAAAAGGGUGGUAAUGUGUCUGGCUUUAAAUUA